AUGCCGAAGAGGACAGCGCCAGAACCAUCAAAACCAUCAAAGAAGGCGAAAGGGAAGGGGAAGGCGGUUCAGGCCUCCUUGACGACCUUCCUAUCGCCUAGCAAGAGGGCCAAACGUGAAACGAGCGUGGUUGUGCUGUCGGAUUCGGACGAUGACGACGACGUGAUCGAGAUCGUCGAGACUAAAGAAGAAGCAAAGGACGUCAAGCAAAAGAGUCAAGAGCCGAUACCGAUUGAGACCGACGAGGAGAUGGCUCGGCGGUUGGCCGCAGAAUGGGCUGCUGAAGCGGGAGAGCCACCACCGCCCAGCCAGGAGAAGGAAGACAAGCCGGUCGACGAGAAGCCUGACACCAAGCCAGACGUGAAGGAGGAAGUCGAACCACCACUCAAGCCGGUGCACCCCAUUUUCGUGCGGUCAAUACCAACAUCUCCCUCGAAGCCUGUGAAAGCUGAGCCUGGCAGCAACUCAACGAGCGUCAAGAAAGAGCCGAUCGCCGGUCCCUUACGACCACGCGCUGGCCCUGCACAGCCAGUCGAUCCCGUCGACUUCGACAUGGACUCGCUUCUCUUCAACCCCUCAUCAGUCGACACCUCGGGGUGGCCGGGCGGACGGCUGCCAUACUCCAUUCUUGUUGGCGUCUACUGCCAAGUGGCCGGCACGCGCUCCCGCAUCAUCAUCCUUCCUUCGACUGCUUCUGCACGCAUCACCAGAAGACCUCGCUUGCAGCAUGUACCUGCUCAGCAACCACCUGCGUCCGACGAAGUCUCAGGUCUACAGGCACGAGAUCUGAAGCGACUGUACAUCAAGAGCGGCGAUCCAGGAGACGUCGCUUUCGAGGCGAAGACGAACGUUCGCACACUCGUGCAGCCCGCCCCUCUCAUCGCUUACGACGUCUACGCUCGUCUGCUGAGGCUAGCGGAUAUCAAGGGCGUUCAGAGCGGGAAGCAGAAGACGGACAUCAUCCGCCGCCUGCUCGUGCAAGCGAGGGGUGAAGAAGUACGGUAUCUCAUCGGUGCCGUGCGUCUCACGCUGCUCACGGCCCUCGCGCGAGCUGCGGCGCUGCACGAAGCUCCGUCUGAGCUGCUGAGUCGCGUACAACCUCAGCCUGAGAAGAAGAAGGUCGUUGACCCAGCGAGAGAAGAGGUCGAAGCGCUAUGUGCGGACGCAGCUGCGCUCGUCAGGCGGACCUACGUCCGGCAUCCGAACUAUGGCGACCUCUCCGCCGGUGUCCUGCAGGGGCUGGAGGGCCUGGAGGAAUGCGUGCCACUCAGCGUCGGCAUCCCUAUCUCGCCCAUGCUCGGCUCGAUUACCCGCUCCCUGGACGAAGUGUACGAUCGCCUCGGCACGCUCCCCUUCACCGCCGAAGCGAAGCUGGACGGUCAGCGCCUGCAAAUGCACGUCCGCGUCGACGGGCCGAAGGAGCAGGACUCGAAGGGCGGCAAGUGGGUCGAGAGGGAUGGACGGAGGGCGUGGGUCCGUCUGUUCUCGAGACAUCUCGAGGACAUGACCGAGAAAUACCCCGAUAUCUGCCUCACGGCUCUCGAGCUCACGAAGGACUUGACGCAUAAGCGGAAACCGUUCCCCGACGACGGUUUCUCGGAGCCGUCUGCGGCGGCCAUGGAGCUGCUUGAGACGCCGCGCGUCACGUCACUCAUCAUCGACGCCGAGAUCGUCGCGAUCGACAAGGUUACAGGCGAGAAGCGCACGUUCCAGGAACUGACAAACCGCGCAAAGAAGGACGUCCGCGUCGAGGAUAUCAAGGUUGUGGUUGAUAUCUGCGCGUUCGACCUCAUGCUCAUCAACGAUGUGCCGCUCCUCUCUGUCCCGCUGAUCCACCGACGGCACCUCCUGCGCCAGCUGCUCCGCCCUGUGCGGUCCGAGGACCCGCACUUCGCUCGCUUCUCCCACAUCGAGAACAUUGACAGCAACAACCUGCCCGAUCAGGCGGCGCUGCGGUCGUUCUUCGACAAGGUUGUCGAGCAGAAGGCGGAGGGCCUCAUGGUGAAGCUCCUCGACACGGGCAUCACGGAGACGACGGAGGUCAUCGAGGUAGAAGAGCCUGCCGACGGAAUCAAGGUUGAGGAGAAGAUCAGCCGCAAGAAGGCGCUCCCAGCGACCUACGAGCCAGACCAGCGAAGUGCUGGCUGGCUCAAGGUCAAGAAGGACUACCUCGAAGGGCUAGGCGACUCGCUGGACCUCGUCCCCAUCGGCGCGUGGUGGGGCAACGGACGGAAGGCGGGGUGGUGGAGUCCGAUCUUGCUUGCGGCGCGGAAUCCGGAGAGCGGAGCGCUCGAGGCGGUGUGCAAGUGUAUGUCGGGCUUCACGGAUGCGUUCUACAAGAACCUCAUCGCGCGGUACCCGCCGGAAGGGUCGGACGCGACGUCGACAGAUGCGCCGCUCGGCUACGUCGAGACGGGUGGACUCGUGCCAAGUAUUUGGUUUGAGCCCAAGGAAGUGUGGGAGAUUCGGGGUGCCGAGUGA